AGCCACUACGUCACGUGACUCAUGGGGGAUUCUGGGAGGGGAAAUGAGGUUUUUUUCCCUUCUAGGGGUCCAUAGCCGUUCCUCACGGAUGUAGCAUUUGGAUGAGAACGAAACCCCAAGGAGAGUGGUCAAGGAUGGCUUCGUCCCCAGAGCAUGGCAAGGAUGGCUCUUGCUGCUCCCAUCAGAUGGCAGUGCCAAGCGUCCACCAGACUCUGGAUGAGAUGGAUUUCGAGAGAGGGAUUUGGUGUGCUGCUUUGAACGGGGACCUUGAGAAGGUCAAAAGGCACAUCCUGAAUCACGGUAACCCCAGUGAGCCGGAUGCCUUUGGAUACACUGCUUUGCACUAUGCCAGCCGCCAUGGGCAUUACGACGUCUGCCAUUUCCUCCUGGAGAGAGGAGCCCUCUGCAAUUCCCAAACCCACGGUGGAGCCACUCCACUCCACCGAGCCGCUUACUGUGGCCACACAGACAUAGCUGAACUUCUGCUGGCCCACGGAGCCGACCCGGCUGCCACUGACGACGAGGGGAAGACCUCCCUGCACAAGGCAGCAGAGAACGGACACCAUGAACUUUGCCAUCUUUUGCUGGAGCAUAACACAGAGCUGAGGCACAUGCAAGACAAGAGCCUCCGGUACGCCUGCGACUUAGUUCCUGACAAGAACGAAGAUCUGAGGAGGCAACUUUCAAACCAGUGACUUAUUUGUUGAGGACUCAGAAAGCCAAACUGUUCUCUUACGUCCACAUUUCUCAAUCUUGGGCUCUCCAGAUGUUUAGCACUUUGGCCCCCAGAAGCCCUUACCAUUAGUCUUGCUGGCUGGGGCUUCUCAGAACUGACCUUCAAAACAACGGGAAGGCCAAAGGUUGAGGACCAUUUUUGUAGACAAAGGACUCCAUGCUACCCUUUUGUUUGCUGUUUUGUGAUAUUGCAAAGAAGCAGCUGUGAACCAAAUUCACUUUUUACUCUGAUCUCUUUAGAACAGGGUUAGACAACCUGUGUCCCUUUGAAUGUUGUUGAACUGCAGCUCCCAUCGGCUGUAGCGAGCAUAGCCAUUGAUGAAGGUAGAUGGGAGUUGCAGUCCAGCCACAUGUUCCCUGCCCACUGGCUUAAUAACUUGUGUGUCUUCAAGUUGAUGCUGUCUUACAGCAUCCUUUCAAAUGGUUUUCAUGGCAAGAUUUCUUAAGGUUUGCCAUUGCCUUCCUCUGAGGCUAAGAGACUGUGAUUUGUCCAAAGUCACUAAGUGGGUUUCUGUGACUGAGGGGGGAUUUGAUUCUUGGCCUAGAUGCCUAAUACAGUAUUCAAACCUACUACACUAUGCUGGCUCUUUGUAGCUUAGUAACAUCUUGAUUAAAAAUGGCUAAAGGCUGUUGUUGCUGUUUCUCGAUGCUUGGCCUAGUUUUAGGAGGCAUGGAAAGGAGAGGAAGCAUUGCAGUGUUAAUUGUAGGUGAGGAACCAUGUUAGGAUCAAGUUGUUUAGCCAAAACUGGAGUUGAGCUGCAGCAAGAGAUGCUGAUCUCUCUCUAUGCAACCUUGUUACCCUAUCUUCCCUCUAUGCCCCCCUUUAGCAUUUCCCAUUUUGACUCUGCAGUCAUGUUAUCUCCUCCUGCAGCUUAUUAUUAACUUGGGUUUCAGUAUUUCAUUGAAAUUUAGACUUCAGUGUUUAGACCAGCGGGGCCCCCACAGUUAAUCAUUCAGAUUAUUUUUAAAUAAAGGUUAAAAUCAUUUUUAGUACAACGCUUUAUCAAACCUGCUGGUCUCAAGUGCCUCCUGAGAAGAAGCAUGAGAGAGAGAGAGAAAGAAAGAGAAAGAUUGAAACGCCUCUUUUAAACCGAUAUCUGCUCCAACAUAGGUGUGCCAAAACAAAACAAAAGAAUACCUUUUAUUUCGGGACUUUCAUUUCAUAUCAAAGCUUAAGCCGACCUAUUUGUUUGGGGGACCAUAUUGGAGACUUUCAGUGUGUUUUUACGUGGUUGACUUGCCCAGUAAUAACAAACACGUACAAGCAAGGAAUUGGCAGAUUG